UAGUCGAAAGUCGACUUUUAGAUCCCUACAACACACGUGUUUUUCCGCAUCCAAAAUUGAGUUAAGACUUAAAAGUUAUAUCUUUUCAAAAUGGCAGUGAAUAGCCAAAUCAUUGAUGCAAUAGUACACGAGUAUCUACUUGUGAAAGACAAAAGUUUAGCUCAAGUUUUCCAACACAAGACAAAAGCGGCAUAUGUUGGUAAAGGUUCACCGAAAUUGGAAGACAUUCUGAAAUACUAUCAGCAGCAUAGUAAAAAUAGGCUACCAGAUGUGAAAAAGGCCAAUGAAUCUUCCGAUGACAGUAGUGAUGAUUCCGAGGAGGAAGAGACCACCAAAAAAGCAACUGCUGUUGUUGCUAACAACAAACCGCUAACCAAAAAGGCUCAAUCCAGUUCAGACGAUUCAUCCGAAGAUAGUAGUGAAGAUGAAAAACAACCUGCUGUCGUUGCUCCUAAAGUUAAUGGUGUGGCAAAGAAACAAGAGUCUUCAGAUGAUUCUUCAGACGACAGUGAGGAUGAAAAGCCUGCUGUAAAGUCAGCCGCUAAGCCAACUGCUAAGAAAGCAGAAUCUUCCUCAUCUUCGUCGGAAGAUAGUAGCGAGGAUAAAAAAACUUCCGUCAAGACUACUACUAAGCCCACUCCAGCAAAACCAACACCCAAAAAGGCUGAUUCAUCGGAUGAUUCCUCAGAAGAUAGCAGCGAAGAAGAAAAACAAGUAGCCAAGUCCGUAGCUAAACCAACUCCAGCCAAAACUGCUAUUAAAAAGGCUGAUUCAUCAAACGAUUCUUCAGAUGAUAGUAAAGAACAGAAGCCAGCACCAAAGGCUGCACAAACAAAACCUGCACCCAAAAAAGCAGAUACUUCAGAUGACUCCUCAGAUGAAAGCGAGGAUGAAAUACCUAAACCCAAACCAACUGUUAAGGCCACACCUGCCAAACCCGCUCCUAAAAAAGCGGAAUCUUCAGAUGAUUCUUCUGAUAGCAGUGACGAUGAGAAACCUGCAGCAAAAACUGUGGUUGCUAAAACUGCACCUAAGAAAAAAAAAUCUAGCAGUAGCGAAGACAGCUCGGAUGAUGAGGACGACGUAAAGCCCAAAGGUACACCAGUUAUCAAGAAACCUAUGCCGGCCAAGAAAGAAUCUAGUAGUGAAGAUUCAUCCAGCGAAGAGGAUGAAAAACCCGCUGUAAAACCUUUUGUUAACAAAACGCCGGUUGCUGCUAAAAAGAAAGCCGAAUCCAGUUCUGAAGAUUCGUCAUCUGAAAAAGAGCCACCAGCCGCAAAGAAACUAGCAAUAGCUGCCAAACAUGCAAAAGCAAAGAAAACUGCAGCUUCAAGUUCUGAAGAAGAUUCCUCGGAUGAAGCGAAUAAAAAGCCGGCACCAAAAGCCAAAGCUGCAAUUGCCAAACCUGUUACAAAAAAAGCGCAAUCCAGUUCAGAAUCUUCGGACAGUUCGGAUGAUGAACCACCGGCUAAAAAACCCAAUUUUGUAAAGGCGACACCAGUACAUGCUGCUGCCAAUGCAUCAUCAGAAGAUAGUAGCUCUUCUGACGAAGACGAGGCUCCUAAAAAAACUGUUGCUAAAAAAGCUGCCACUACUCCAGUCAAGAAAGCAGAAGAUAGCGACGACGACAGCUCUAGCGAAGAAGAGCCCGAAGAAGAGAAUCCAGUAGCUAUGCCUUUACCAAAACCAGGAAAGAAGAGAACAUUUAGUGAAACAAAUGGCAAAGCAGAAAAGAAGUAUAGCAAUUUUGUCAAAGCUGGACAAAGUAAUUUAAAAGGGUUUGCUUCGACCCCGGCUAAUGGCAAACUUAAUAUAAGCAAGCAGAAAAACAACACGCCACAAUCGGAUGGUACAAAGAAAAAUGCUCCAUUUAGAAGGGAUGAUGAAGAACAUGGCAGUGGUGGCAAAGCUAAUGGUGGUUUCAAAAAAUUUGGUGAUCGUAAAUCCUUUGGUGGAUUUGAAAACGGGAAAGGAGGACGCGGAGGAGGUGGCGGCAGAGGCGGUGGUGGCAGAGGCGGUGGUGGCCGCGGUGGUUACGGCGAUAAAGGAGGUCGCGGAGGAUUUGGUGAUAAAGGUGGACGCGGUGGUGGUCGUGGUGGUUUCGGCGACAGGGGCGGUAGAGGUGGAGGCCGAGGCGGUUUUGGCGACAGAAGUGGCGGUGGUCGUGGAGGUGGACGUGGUGGAGGUCGCGGUGGAUUUGGUGGCUCCAACAAACCCUUUAACAAAUCAUUUGACAGUUCAGCGUCGCAAAAUAAAAAGAUCACUUUCGAUGAUUAAAACCCGUACACUUAAAUUAUGGUUAAGCUUUUUUUUAAUUUCCCCUUCCGCCUGGUAUGCCCUUCCACAUACAUUUAAAUAUCCGUUACGUUGAGCGACAUUUCAUAAACUUGCAUUUUUGUAGUAUCUUGAGUUUUGUUAGGGCAAGAAUUUUGAAAACCCUUAAAUUUUUUACAGAGAAAUGCUGCCGGUUCUUGGGGCGAUAAAGCCAAUCGAGAUUUGAAGUUUACGCGUGGCAAAUCAUUUAAACAUGAGAAAACAAAAAAGAAG